AGUAGCCUCAAAUCGGGACAUUGUAUGGAAUAGGACUGGGCAUUCCUAGGAGUCUUCAGUCUUAUCUGUUUUUUAUAGAGUGAUAAAGUUCUGGCCUUUAUAGUAUCCUCAAAUUUCAGUCAAUCCUGCGUUUGAACUGAGAGAACCUCCAUACUCUCAAAAUCUUUACCUUCAUCGUUUCAAAUGGAAUAUAACCCUUGAAAUUACCUAUAUUUAACCAGAAAAUUUUUUAAAAUGUUGUCAUCCGUGAAAAUGAUUGCUCGUAGCAAAUCUGUGAAGAUAGUGAUAGGCUUGUUUGUCGUCGGUGACCUACUUUAUUCCAUUUUUCUCGCAUGGCAAGCUUUAUCGGCAUCCAAGAAAUCAAAAUUAGUAGAGGAGAAGGAAGUUAUACCUCCAGAAGUUGCACCGAUAAAGUCGAAACCUCAAAGGAAAGCAGACGGUUGGUACCGUCAUUUGCCUCGAAUAGACUUCCGGCAACAACCAGCAGAAACUUUGUGGAAUACGGUCCUCUUUUUUCCUGAAAUAUUUCCGGAACAAGAAUUUUCUCAGACUCAUCAACUCAUGUGGUACAUGCAGCAGGCAGAAAGGACGCUGGAUGUGGCAAUAUACCACUCGAACUUUAGACUCUUGGAAGACGUGCUCUUUGACAUGGCCAGGAAAAAGGUUCGGGUUCGUGUCGUAACAAACGGUACACGCACACGAUGGAGCAGACGAGGGGUCCAAGUUCGAGAGAAGCCGAAAAUAAUUCUCAGCCCUCACGGCGGUGGACUUCUCUUGGAUCAUAUGCACAACAAAUUUAUUGUGAUUGACGAUAAGGCUAUUCUCACAGGAUCGCUGAAUUGGACAAAUUCGGCUAUCACUGAAAAUCGAGAGAGCAUGGUGGUGACGAAUGAUGCCAAAACAGUAGGUCUUUAUACCGAAGAAUUCCAAAAGCUUUGGGAAAUGUCUGACCCAAGCGUGAAACGGGACCUGAUUCAUCCUCCCAAAAUAGGACAAUGGUACGGUGGGCGAUUGCUUUAAGGAAACCAAAUUGGAAAAUUUAUUAUCAUUCUUUCAAGUCAUAUAUAUUACUUAACAAUACGAUGAAAUUGUAAUUAUUGUUGCAUUUUGAUACAUUUUUAUGGACAUAACAGUUUAUAUUCGCUACGAAUAAUUUUUUUACGUAUGAAUAUAUGGAUAUAUUUUAUAACAAUGUCGAGGGUAGAAGAACGAGUUCAUAUAUAUUUUCUAUCACAAGGCACGUUUUUGCCACUUUUUCCAAUAAUAUUGUAAUUGAGUUCGUUUACAAUGAUGUUUUGUUUACAGUUGACAGUGCGAUGUAACGUAGAGAGAGACAGUAGUAGUAGUUGAUAAUAAAUUUAAAUUAACUCACAA